AUGAUGAGUCCAAAGGUGAAUUCUCGAAUUUGGCAGAGAACUACUUCUCUUUUGAACACUCAAGCGACCAGGACAGAGAGUAAUGUUGUCACAAGAGAAAAAACCUAUAUCGAAAACUUAAGCAAGGAUGUUGUCACUUCCCGUUUCAAACUGGUAGAUGAAAAUGGCCAAAUUGCAUCUAUCACUGUGCAACCUAAUAUACCCAUCUGUAUCAAAAAGGAUUGCUUGGUUUCCAUACAUAAUUUAGACCAUCUCUCCCUCUCCUAUAAGUGGCUCAAUUUCUGGUCGAACUUGAUUAAGUUCCGUUCAUUCAAAUCAUCGUUGUUUCAUAGGAUCAUCGGCCUUUCUAGUUUGGAAAUACUGGCAGCUCCAAAUUUCCAAACUUCGGGGAGAUCUUUCAAUUCUUCAAGAAGUUUAUCUGUUUUGAAUUUGACUGGAACCAAAGAUUGGAAUGUAUUCGGCAAGGAUUCGAUAAUUGCAUUCGAACAGAAUUCCAGUCUAGAAAUCAAGUCACCAAUCAUUCCCACCCCAAGAAAAUUGGCUUCGAGCUCAGCAAAGUCACGACUACCACGGAAAUUUCAAAUUCUGAACGGUAGGGGUAACGUAUUAGUAUGUGGAGGUGGCUCGGUGUAUUCGAUUGAAUUAAUUGAUGAGAGCGACAAAAUAUUGGUCAAUUCUAGAAAUAUUUUGGCCAUCAAUGGCCAAAGCCAACUGGACAUCGCAAGUUCCGUUGAGAGACAAGAAUUGCACGUGGAGGCCGCAGACGCAGGAGAUAAAAGCAAUGAUAACGUAGUACCUAGAGCUGUCAUGAACUCAACGAUUAGAUCCGCUUACGGACAAACCGUUCGAUUUUUCAAAAGGAUGGGUAGUUGGAUUCGAAACCAAUAUGAAAAAAGAUACAUCUAUGGUAUUGAUUCGUACUUUAUGAAAGUGAAGGGUCCAAGAACAAUUUUGAUACAGACUCAUGAAAUGACGACAUCUAAAGAUAAUAUUCUAACUAAACUAACAUCCAAGGGUCACGUCAAGAAGAAUGACGGAAACGAGAACGAUGCCGAUUUGAAGGAGAAGGUUGCUAAUGAUGUCAAUUCAAAGAUCAUCGAACUUGCCAACAGACCUUCGUUGUUUAUUGCAAGCGUCUCCCGUAAUGGGAAGGUUGACUUCCAAAGUACGUCCAAGUUCACGUAA